CGAGAAGGUAAUCCUUCUAUCGGAAUUUUGUUUAGGUCGUAUUAAGUAGUUUUAGGGAAGCUCACCUCAAAGCUCCAAAUAAAAGUGACAAAGAAAAGAUCAAGAAAUGACUUUAAAUGUUUUAUCAAAUUUCUUCUGAAAUUUGAUAUGGUAGAAUCGUUUAUCUCUCUAUAUUCUAUGGACUUCAGUGUAGAUUGGUCUCAACGUUUGGUAAAUUGGAUAAAAAUAAGUGCCUUGCAGGAUCAAGAUUACAGCAACCUUGAAUAUGAAAUCAUAUAGUCAAUAUUGAAGAUACUCACCUCAAGUCCCUGUGACCUGAAUAGCCUGAUAGUAAUGUCAACAUGUGCGUUAAAUAUGUCAAAGAGUAUCUUCUUAUUGAUUUUUUUAUUUGUCGAUAUUAAAAUUACUGCAUAAAAUGAGUAUGUAUCUAUUUGUAAUGUUUCAUUAUUGGACAUGGUCAUUUUCCGGCGUAUUUGCAUAGUCUUACAUUGGGGACCAGAAUAGAUGUAAGUGUGGCAGAUGAAUUCAACGUGAAAAGCAUAUAAGAGAAGAAUGAUGAGCAAUUGUGGAAGCUUCAGGCCACAUCUCACAGCAAAUGGUACUAUUAGCAGUGGAUAUUUGGAACAGUGGGCAAGUAUGAUAGUAUAGUAUGAACGUCUGACCCGGUACUCUGCUUUCUCUUUAUCUAUUUUCCUUUUUGUUUUAUCUAUACUAAUUUAAUAUUACAUUUUUUGGGUUUGUAUGUUGAAGUCAGAAAGCGGGAAAUAAUAAAUUGUAUCAGUCCGCAAUAUGUUGCGGUACAAGUGCCGCGUCAAACACGGUUCCUCUUUGGAAACGUGCAUUGAAGAUUCACGUGACUAUCGGGAAAGGCACGCUUUGAUUCUAACGAGUUAUAGGUACAUAUUCCGUACGUGUCUUUUCUGUGUUCUUGCAGAACACUCCAGAGCCCUAGUAAGCUUCACGUGCGUUUAAAUACCUGUGAAUUUUCAAGGCUCAUAGUGUUCGAUGUGACAUAUUGCUAGAAUUAAUUUUAUUCCCGCACGAUUAUACCUUUUUCAUAUUUUCCUGCACUGACGUCAUCACUACAAGAACCUCUGAAAAGAUUUACGAGAAAUCGUUCUAUGCCAACAGAAUAUUAUUUACAGGAAAGUUUCCAAUGUAGACAUCGACUCAGCCAGUUAUUAAAAGUUUUUAUGAGCCCGUUUUCUUUGUUGUCAGCGAUAACUUGUAAUAAAUUAUUAAUUUUACUAGAAAUUUGUUAUCGAACAUUACCAGUAACAAUUCACGCUCGGGUGUUUGUAUACAUUGAAUCAACAAUCAAAUAAGUCUAACCUUAGCACUAUGUCGCUUCGACUGACAGGUAUGGAGAGUUUAUUGGGGAUUAUGGCAAUUACCUUCAUGAUACCAGGAUGUGAGUAUAUUCUUUGCAUACCACCUACUGCAUUUUUCUUCUUAUUGGAGUGCAAUUCUUAAAUCCUAAACGGUACAGGGCUGGUACUAUCGUUUGAAUAAUGCGAUCUAAUGUCAUAGCAAUUUAUAGAACGCAUGCAGAAAACUGAUAUAUUAAACAAUAUUUUUAGAAGCUAAAGGCCCUACUAGGAUGUCACAUUUACUCUAUAUGCAUCGAUCAAUAUUUGAAAUUUUUCAAUCAAGUUGACUUUCCACUUCCAAUGUGCUGACAUCAGCUGGAAAUAGCUUUGACUGGAUAUUAGAACAUAUUUCGAACUGUGUUCUUAUCAUCCAGAAUUCUGUUAAUUUCUGAGAAAUUUUUCCAUAACAAUCCCUUUUUACCACUCCUUUUCACUGUUCGGGUUUUUACUGUUACUUUUACUGUUUUUCAGAAGAAAAACUACUGCCCUUCCUUAGUGAACGUUUAUUAGUUCUAAACAAUAACAACACAACUUAACUACCCUUGUCAUUCGUUCAAACCUUUCGGACACCCAAAUACUCGAAGUUACAUCGAGUACACUACGACUAAAGUUAGUAAUUUCUUAUUUUGUAAUUAGUCUCGUCCAUUUCUGUGGCCCUGAAGUCAGUUCCACCCUUACAGGUACAGCUGCUAACCUGUUCUGCAACUCUAUGAAUGCUGUGCUCUUCCAAACGCUGAUGACGUCAAACAAUCGUGCAAAAAUGAUAGAGCAUCUGACUGUAUGUCCACAUGAAGUGUUGGAAGCAGCAGGACAUUUCUUCCUUUCACAUCGCCGACUAGAACUUCCACGAGAAGAAAAUCUCCCGCCAAUCAGCGUCGACGAGCUGUACGGAUGUGGCUCCAAUGACUUCAGGGGAAGACCGAGCCCACUUAAACGGGACGAUGUUGCACCAAGGCUAAUUUUAGAUUUGGACACCCAAAUGGAUGGCGUGGUGAUGCGACUCAUGAACACAAUACAAAGGUUAGUAAAGCAGCAGGGUUGGACAAAGAAAACCAAAUGCAAGUCAGCACAAGCCUUAGAUGACAGUUUCAAAUUACUAAACAGACUCGUUUGCUGCAACACUCGUGUUCCAUGUUCAUUGCAAGUUUUCAAAAUUCCAAAAGACCUUCCCCGAAGUUAUUGCUAUGAUGGUACUGCUAGGAUGAAGACGAUAGAUCUUGAAGAAUCAGAGGAUGAGCAACUUGAGGAUGGAACAAGACAACGGCCCCAUGCCACAGGGCGAACAACGUCCACGGAUGGUUCAAUCCAGUGAGGAAGGUGACUCUGGUGAAAGUGUAUCCUUUGUAGACACUUGAAGUAUGCUAAGCGCUUCAUCUAGAAUAACUUCAAAAUGUGGUGUGUUUCUACUUUACACCUGAUUAUGAGAAGAUGCAUAAAACUCUAUCACAAUUAUACAACUCACCAAGAUACGCAUAAUUAAAACACUAGAAACCUUUGUGUCCAAAUGAUCUUCGCUUUCUCAAAACUAGAAAUGUAAAAUUGUAUCACAUUUUGCCAAGCAAAACAAAAUGUCUUGAUGUUUUUCAAAACCGUGGAACAUUUGUUACUAUCCGAAGCUUGUUUUGACGUUGAAGACUUCCUUAACUUCAAUUCUUUCAGCCUGGCAUAAUUUUAAUUGUCUUCAAUCUCGUUUAUAAUUUUUUAACCAUGUUUAUUUAUUGUUCAUCUGAAUUUUAACUUAAGUUUUAUUAACUUCUAUACCUUUUAUUGCCAUUUUUAUAUAUUUAUCAUGUUUUACGUAUUGUUUGUUGUUUUUCAUGUUCUACUCUAAUUGACAGGUGCAAGCACAUUUUCGUGUAAUAGCACGAUUAAAUUAUCAUUAUUACUUAAGUAGUACCUAUGUGUGCGUUAUUAUUCGUUUAACGCCUAAGGGAUGAUCGUCAUAGCGUUACUUUGAGCACUUAAGUAACGAAUAUAAACAUGUACUUAAGCGUCGUCGACGAAGAGCAGUUUUGCUUUGUGAUUGACAUCUCUUUUUGGGGGUUACCGUCAGCUCCUUAUUCCUAUAACAUACAGUGAAAACCAAAUACCACUGACGUCGUAAUGUGUACGAGAGAGGAGCGUGCAAAAAGUGUGUUAGAAAGAGAUAGAAUCCCUCGUUGCCUAGCUACCCGAGUACCAAGUCACUCUUUCUAAUAUACAUAUUGAAGCUCACCGUAUAUCCAGUGUGCAGCUGUUUUCAAUUCGAUAAUUGAAUUUUAGCACAUCUAAAAAUGCAGUCAGCUAAGUCACUGCAGAUCGUUAAAUUAGCACUAUACAGACUCAUUCAACAGGAAGAAUGCGCAAGAAAAGAGCAAACAUCCAGGGAUCGUUGAAAGGCUCCAAAGUCCUCGUCCCCGAGUGUAUCUCGAGUUCAAGCGUCGUCAUCAACUGAGGGCAUUUUUGCAUUGUAAUUGCGGAUGGCAGCAGCCGACGACAUCACAACUAAUGAUGCCUCCCUUUACGCUUUCCGAAUACUUUCGCCAAGAAGCGGAGAGUAGGUGGUAAUUGGAGCGAGUGAUGUUGAAACAUCAGAGGUAUGGCGUAACGGGGUUACGCCUUGUGCUCAUAAAUAUGGAGAUGUGCCUGGAUAGGGCGCAUUGAGACACUUUUCAAACAUGCCAUCAAAACACUCUCUGUUACGAUGACUGCUUUGUUUUGCAGAUUUAAAUACUUUUAUGUCCCGUAAAUAAGGGUUGAUAUGUAAAAUAGUUAUUUACCUUACAAGUGUGGAAAGUUAUACUGUUCCGCAAGCGACGUCAGCUGCAUGUUUUCUAGAACGUCCUGUAGACGUGGCACUGCUUAUGCUGCCCGUGCCUUGAGACGUGAAAUGUGAGUUUUUUUCAUGAAUUUUUUGUAAGUAUCCGUAAUUUAAUAAGAAUAACACGUAAUGCGUGCGGAAAAAUGCUACUUUCUGCACGCAGAUGCGUGUUAAAAGUGAGUUGUUUCCGCAUGCUGGUAGAAAAAAGGUAUAUCGGGUUGCUAUACUUCUGACUCAAUCUAAUUUUGGUUACAGAUGACGCUUUAAGGUAACUUAUUUCCAUAGACCUGGAUAGUUGAUAAAUAUGAUGUUUGUUCAAUCGCAAAGUAUCAUGUUAAGUAUGUUUAAUUUUUGACACAAAGCUACAAGACCUAGGCUGUUAUCUUCUAUUAUUUCUGAAAGUUAUGUCUAACAUACAGUCAAUAAUAGACAAGGGAAUGACGUGAAGUAUGUUGACUACAUUUUCCACGCAACGCGGUAAUUAGUUCAUAAACACAAGGUAGUUCCUAUCGAAGUAAGAGAGCGCUAUAGACAUUGUAUACUAGAUAGAGGACAGUUGUUAUCUCAAAGAUGAAACCAAUAAAAUGCUGUUUGUGAUACUUUGCAACUCCCCAGCAUUGUAUAGGCUUGGUCUCAAGCUUUUCUUUCUUUUGAAAUAGUGCAGCAUUAUACUUUUGCGGAUUGAGCUUCAUGUUAUUUAAUAGCAGAAUAGUUAUUAAUACUUUCAAGAUCAAUAUGAAUUGUAGCCUCAGCCAUUUUGAAAACAUCAAGUGAAAAGCUUAACGAUAAUUGUGAAUCAUCGGCAUAACAAGUUACACUAGAGUUAAUUUUGAUGACCAAAUCAAAUGGAUAUAUUAAAAACAAGACGAGACCUAGGACUGAACCUUGUGAUACCGCUGAAGAAACAUUCUGUAACUUUGAAAUAGUUGUUCCCUGAAACACCUGUUGCUGUCUUUCUAAGAAUGACGAUACGGUGUCGAAUACCUUACUAAAAUCGAGAGAGACAA